CCCUCUGGUGCCCCAUAACAUGUAAUAGGUCUUAACCUCACUGUGUCACAUAGCUGGAUGGAUGCCAUUGUGCUAUCAUGCUCUAGAUGUUAUCAGGGUGACUAAUCCGCUUAGGUAAUGCUCAGAGGAGUAAGAACAUUCGGUGAUUCAUUGGGACACAAACUUUAUCUGAAUUUGUACCACAUACCCAUAUUAUUACUGUCUUCUGUUAGCAAAGGACAGAAAUGAUAUCCAGAUCUAUCUUGCGAAGUUCACCACUUCGUAACACCAUCUUGCGCUCAGCUAACAAGUCCCCACUGCCUUUUACCCAAAAUAAGGUACCAGGAUGGCCAUAUAUUCUUACGUCUCUCAACCCACCCUCUUCGCGCGGUUAUCAAGGGCGCAGGCAGAAAUACUACAGAUUCGACCCUAAUGAAGCUCAAAAUGCACGACCCCUCAUCUCCGAUGAACAUAUCAAAAACUUCUCCAAACAUCCUGCCUUACACUCAUUCAUACUCAUAUUAGUUGCCGGUGGCGUAGUGGUUUAUAUUAGCAAUAUCGAAGAUGUCCCGGUUUCUGGGAGGAGACGGUUCAACAUAUACAGCCCACAGGACAUGGAAAGGGAAGGGCAAAUGAUGUAUCGACAGAUUUUGCAGCAGUAUUGCGGACGUAUUCUUCCCGACUGGGACAAAAGAUCCAUGAUGGUGCAAAGAGUUAUGAGUCGAUUAAUACCUGCGAGUGGCAUCGACAACGUAAAUUGGGAAGUGAAUGUUAUAGACUCCGAAGGUGCAAUACAAGAUAUCAAAUGACUUUUUAGAUAUUUUGCUGACCCUCUCUGCACAGAAAUGAAUGCCUUCGUCAUACCUGGUGGUAAAGUUUUCGUUUUCACUGGAAUACUGCCAAUUGCUUCAACGGAUGACGGUCUUGCUACAGUAUCAAUCCCCUCGUAUCUUCUUCUUAUAUGAAAACUCCUGACUUACCGAUCUUGCAGAUUCUUGGCCAUGAAAUUGCCCAUAACAUCGCAAAUCAUUCGGGGGAAAGGAUGAGUAAAACCGCUGUGUUUCAUAUACCCCUGCGUAUGUUUUUCCGAUUCCUGGAUGCUACAGGAUAUACUGGAGGUCUAGGGGAAAUAUUCGGGGCUCUUGCACUUGAAUUUGGGAUCAAUUUACCCGCGUCAAGAAAUCAGGAAACAGAGGCUGAUCAUAUUGGAUUGAUGAUCAUGGCAAAAAGUUGUUAUAAUCCUCAAGCUGCAAUUGGCGUAUGGAAGAGGAUGCAGGCGGCAGAAAGGAAUGCCCCCCCUCAAUGGCUUUCGACCCAUCCAUCGGUAGGCUCUCUGAUAUUUUUUCGAAAUUGUAGCACUGAUUCAUACCAGAAUAACAAUCGGAUAACGCAAAUGGAAGAGUGGAUGUCCAAAGCAGAGGCUGCAAGAGCCGAAAGUGGAUGUGCAUCCACCAUGGAAAAUUUCAAUAAUUUUCGGACUACAUUUGGUGGACUUUGGUGAUGAGUAUAAAUGCUUGCUAGCCACUUGUCUGAGGACGCAGUAGAAAGAGGGCAGCACUGGGGUUCAGUUGCCAUUCUAUGUGUGGAGAUAAAACGUGAAUAGGAAUCGCUCUACUUCAUCUAUCAAUAGGUUCAUCACAGUGAGUCUUUCUUUUACUGUACUUCAUCAUGCCCGCAACAAAGGUAUCGUGAGUCAAUCUACGCAACUUUAUCCGGCACCUGAUAUAUGUCUCAUCAAUACAGACUACACCGUACCGAGAAAUCAUAUUCUAAUUCGUUCAUGGAUGUUGGUUCUAGACUUGGCUACUCGGUACCCAUUUAGGCUCGAAGAUUCUCAAAGAUUGACUUUUCAGGACGCCCGAAAUUAAAAUCACAUUCGAGUCUGUAUACAAAGGUCUCAUGCACAGGUAGCAAGUAACCUAAUAGGUAAAGGCAUGCAAUUCUCAUCUCUGCAGAGCUAGUGCCACGUAUUGGCCGAGAUGCAUGCUUUCUAUCGUAAUCACGUCCAAAUUGAUUUUCUGAACAGUAAUACGUUCCGCCCACACAAACAACCUCGAAUUGCGCUGCAGUCGCGAGAUCACGUGCAAGCCAGUGAUACACACCGCUUCUAGCCUUAUGGACGAUUGGACCCAGAUAAAUGCACAAGAUCAUGGCUUGCAUUUCAUUACGGGGCGCGCCUCUCCAUUCGCAAGUGGUCAAUCAUUUUGGGGUUACAUAGCUUGGGUCCACACCGCUAUAUACCAUUCCCCGCUUGUUCCUUUCAAGGAAGCUUUGAGCUUAUUGCAAGUCCCACCCCCGCCAUAUAACGUAAAUCAUUCGUUACAAAUGAUGCAGACGAGGAAUAUGCGAUAGACCGAUAGUCCUCCGCCUCUCCAGGGUUGCGCGUUUGGCAAAUAAGUACGGCAUGGCCAAAAUGAUAUCUUCUAGUUGAGGACGUGUCUGCUAUGUUCUCGUGAGUCUCCAACCCCUCUUAAAUAUUCCU